UUCGACUGCCUGUUCCCUAAAUCCAGUUUCUGAGACAUAGAGCUGACAUCGAUAGCAGUAGCGGAAGCAAGCGACUGCUCUCUAAGCCGCGCAAUCUAUCACUGGGCUCAUUGUUGACGGUUUCUCCCAGCUUGUUUUGCCCGCGGAGGACACGAUACCAUAAUGCCCGGCAAGACCUCGGAGCAGGAAAUCUGCAAUUCAGUCUUGACGUUCGUGACUGACGGCACUUAUCCUUCCUCAGAGAAGGUUAUUGCUGCCGAAUUUCCCGUCUCUGCUUUGGCGACGGAAUUAGAACUGAUCUCCAAAGCCAGGGAACAAGUCGAAGCCGAAAUAACCUCUCUCAGUCGCGAAAAUAACUUCGACGCGGAUGGUUGGAUUUCGCAGGCGAAACAACUGCAUGCAGACAUUGAACGUUCCAGGGUCACUGCCCGAGAGAUUGUGAAGCAACAUGAGAACACCACGCCUUUGCAGUUGAAGGUGGAGGAUGCCGCUGCGAAGGUCGCGCUAAUAGAAACUGAGAUCGCGUUCAAUCAGGCAGUAACCACUGCUCUGGAGGAGGUGCAGGGACUUUGCCGGCAGCUGGAAGAUGGACGGUCAGCGCUGGGAGAUGGCCGAAUCAUGGCCGUCAUCGAUACGCUAGAGGCAGCUGAGCUCGCAAUGAGACAAAAUGACCAUUUUGCGAACACCAACGUUCUACACAUAUUGCUGGAGAAUGUCGCCGGUCUACGGAAGCAGAUUGCCGACGUUAUACAUUCUCAAUGGAAUGAGCAGCUGAAAGUUGACAAACGGGAAGGGAAGCUUGUGGUUCAGAAAGACGGUAAACACCUAGAAGAAACCAUCGCAGCACUACACAGAAUGGAGAUAUUCGCCUCUGCACGAGAUAAGUUCGCAAAGGACAUCGUCAGUGCUAUACUGAAUCCGAUCUUGCUACGUGGUGCUGAGGGUCAAAGCCGUGGGAUCCGGAUCUCUGAAUCUUCUGUUCAAGUCGAGUCGCUUGUAUCCAGGGCCUCGGUUCCCGAAAUUCUGGAUCACAUAGCCAACCUUCUUGGAUUCUUGCGACAGACUGUACCGGCCUCCAUUCUCGACUCGUUUUCGGACUCAGUCAUUCCUUCAUUGUCCCCAAAGUUGAUUAAAUUGUGGCUGUCACCGUCUAUACCCAUUGAUUUGGGAGGGCUUCAGGAAUUCGAGCGUACCCUCGAUGGUGUCCUAAAAUUCACGAAAUCUGUGGAAGACCUCGGCUGGCAUGGUCAUGAGGAGCUUGUCUCUUGGGUGAACCAGGCCCCUCGACUUUGGCUUGCCAAAAGGAGAGUGAACUCCCUGGACCAAGUUCGCAAAGUGCUCGCCGCGAGUCAAGGUACCACAAAGCAGGUGGAAAAGGUUGAAGUGGAGACGAUCUCUGGACAAGACGAUACGCUAUUGGAGAACGCUCCAGCUGACGAUUGGGAUGCCAGCUGGGAUGAUGGUGAUGAGGGUGAUAAUGAAGGCAAGGCCUCCAGGACUCAGGACGGGGAUGAAGAGGAUGUGAGUGCAUGGGGGCUCGAUGACGAUGACACUGAGCAGCAAGACUUGAAAGCUCAAGCAGGUGCUUCUGCUGAAGAUGAUGCCGGAGAUGCUUGGGGUUGGGGAGAUGAUGAUGAGGAAGGACAGACUGUGAGCCAGCCGCCUCCCGAAAAUUCGCAGACUCGCGAGCCUGUCAAUGGCACAAACGCAAGGUCAGCCAGCUCUUCGAGGGAGGUUACUCUGACCGAAAGAUACACUAUCACGGACUUGCCUCAUUCCAUCUUGGACAUUAUCAAACAACAAAUUGCUGAUUCUCAGUCCAUAACUCAACCUGAACAUUCACAUUCGCGUGUUGUGUCAUCUGGAACGGGAUUGCUUGCACUUCCAACCUUGAUCCUCGCCAUGUUCAAAGCCACGGCCUCGUCCUUCUAUGAUCAUAAGUUGAACGCUGGUCAAAUGUAUUUAUAUAACGACACCCAAUAUCUUGCUGGCGAGAUGCGUGCGAUCAUGGAGGAGCACCAUCUCACACGAUUGCAAGCCGACAUUGAAGCGCUGGAGAAAUUUGGUAAACUCGCAUACAGUAAAGAGAUGCAAACCCAGCGUACCAUUGUGACCGACCUGCUCGAUGGCGCACAAGGAUUUGGACAGUGCUCUGAACAGCCGUAUCUAGGCGAAUGUGAAAACGCGGUUGCUGCCGCUGUUGACAGAAUUCGAGGCGUCUAUGCAGAAUGGCAGCCAAUUCUGUCACAUUCAGCCCUCCUUCAGUCGAUAGGGUCGUUGGUCGCGACCGUGGUUAGCAAGAUGGUGAUCGAUAUUGAAGACUUGGGUGACAUCUCAGAGCCUCAGUCCCAGCGGUUGGUAUCGUUCUGCAACCAAGUUUCGAAGCUGGAAGAGCUAUUUAUGCCCGAAGCCAAGGACAAUACCGAACGUGUCCCUAUGACAGCUGUUUACGUGCAAAACUGGCUCAAAUUUCAGUAUCUCAUCAACAUCCUCGAGAGCUCACUGGCUGAUAUCAGGUUUCUCUGGGUUGAGGGAGAACUUAGCCUGGAAUUUUCGUCCGAGGAAGUAGUGGAUUUGAUCGAGGCGCUGUUCGCCGAAUCUGAGUAUCGGCGCAAAGCAAUUGCAGACAUACGUCGGCAAUCAAGGGCUCACUGAAGGCUGGGCUGGGGACAUACAGACG